GAGCGGCGCGGCGGAGUCCCAGCUUCCUCGAGGUGAGUGACGCCGAGCGCCGCCAUGGCAGCGGCAGGGGCGGCGCCAGCGGCUCACCCUCUGGCGGUUAGGGUGGCUCGACUCUACCUGGUGCUCAGCGGCCUCCACGUGGCCCUGGGCGGCUCCGUCCUGCCCGAGGCGGGCGGGGGGCACAGACCCCCCAAGGAAGAAGGCGCCUUCGACGCCCUCCACUGGGAGAGGAGCGCCGGCACCGUCGCCUACAACGUCACGCGCGCGGUGGUGGCGCAGUUCACGCCGGCCAACGCCACGCACCGCAUCACGCACCUGGCCCUCGAUGCCGACACCGACGACGUGUACCUGGGCGCCGUGAACCGCCUGUACCAGCUGGACGGGCAGAGCCUGUUGCCGGUUCACCAGGUGGUGACGGGGCCGCGCCUCGACUCGCCCUCGUGCCACGCCUCCGGCUGCGGUGACCACGUGUCCAAGGUGCCCACCGACAACUACAACAAGCUCCUGGUGGUGGCGCCGUCCGUGGGGGCGGUGGUGGCGUGCGGCUCGGUGUCGCAGGGCGCGUGCGACAAGUACCGCCUGGGCAACCUGUCGGUGCACCAGGACUACAUCCCGCGGUCCGUGGCGGCCAACGAGCCGCAGGCGUCCACCUUCGCCUUCGUGGGCCCCGAGCGCUACAACCCGUGGGGCGGGUCCGAGGCGCUCUACGUGGGCCAGACCUUCACCAACCUGGGCGACUACCGCCACGACGUCCCCGCCAUCUCCACGCGCAACCUGUACGACCUCGACUACGCAGAGUUCUCGUUCUCGAAGCAGUCGCUGCUGCGCAUCGACGUCAAGCUGCGCGACCACUUCCUGGUGCAGUACGUGUACGGCUUCCACGAGUCCAGCUACGUGUACUUCCUGACGGUGCAGAAGAAGUCGCACCUUCCGGGCCAGGAGGAGUCGGGCUACGUCAGCCGCAUCUCAAGGCUGUGCAUCUCCGACGCCAACUACGACUCGUACACGGAGAUCACGCUCGAGUGCCAGGGCGCCGACGGCACCAACUACAACCUGGUGCAGGACGCCAAGCUGGUGAGCGCCGGCAGCGACCUGGCCUCCAGCAUGGGCGUGGGCGUGGGCGACCCCAUCCUGGUGGGCGUGUUCGCGCCGUCGCAGGGCCACACGGCCAGCCCCGAGGCGUCGUCGGCCGUUUGCGUGUACUCCGUGCGGGACAUCGAGGCCAAGUUCAACGAGAACAUCCACAUGUGCUUCAACGGCUCCAUGCAGUACCGCAGCAUGGAGUACAUCUCGGGGCCCAUCCUGGACGGCAAGUGCCCCGCCGCGGGCGCCAUGGGCAACAUCCUCAGCUUCUGCGAGGUCGGACUCAAGAUCUCGGGCCCCGCGCCCAUGGUGGGCCGCGCCGCCCUGCGCCUCCCUCGCACGCUCGUUACGGGCGUGCAAGCCACGGCGGCGGCCGCCCACACCGUGGCCUUCCUCGGCACUAGCACGGGCACGAUUAAGAAGAUCCUGGUGGCGUCGGCGGAGGAGGCAGCAGAGUACGAAGAGGUCACCGUUGACCCAGGCUUCCCUAUUCUCCCUGACCUCCGCUUCAGUAAAGAUCGGGCUUUCCUCUACGUCAUCUCCACGAGCAAGGCGUCGAAGGUGAAGGUCGAGAGCUGCUCCUCCUACACCAACUGCUCCUCGUGUCUCACUGCCAGGGACCCUUACUGCGGAUGGUGCUCGCUCGAGAAAAGAUGCACCGUCCAGUCAGCGUGUCAGAAGGCGACCUUCUCUUCCCCUCGCUGGCUCAGCUUCAGCUCGGGUCAGCAGUGCAUCGACUUCGAGAUGAUUCUGCCGGAUAGACUGCCGAUAGACCACGAUGCUACGGUGCAGCUGACGAUCCGGACGCUGCCGGAGCUGCCCGCCGGCGCCAAGUACCAGUGCGUGUGGGGGUCGGCGCCCCCCGCGGACGCCCUGGUCACGCCCACGGGGCUGACGUGCAUGACGCCCGCGCGCGCGUUCCGGCCGCCCAUCGCGCCGCACCGCGACCACGUGCUGGUGCCGCUGGCCGUGCGCUCCAGCGAGACCAACAAGGACUUCGUGUCGCGCAACUUCGCCUUCUACGACUGCGGCCGCCACAACACCUGCGGCAGCUGCGUCAGGAGCGACUGGGCCUGCAACUGGUGCGUCUACGAGAACACGUGCACGCACAACGCCUCGUCGUGCAGGAGGACGGUCAUCUCCGGGGAAAAUAAUCCGUCCCAGCUCGCCUCGCACGGCUCCGGCUUCUGCCCGCGCUUCCGGCAGGACCAGACGCCGCUGCUGGCCGCCGACGGCGCCAAGAGCGAGCUGCAGCUGCUGGUGGAGAACCUGCCGGUGCCGCGCGUGGGCCAGCUCGGCUUCCAGUGCGUGGUGAGCAUCGAGGGCGCCACCAUGCUGGUGGGCGCGCGGGUCAUGGUGGAGGACGAGGAGGAGCCGGAGGGCGGCAGCAGCAGCCCCGCCACCACCACCAGCAGCGCCAGCCGCCCGCACCACCGGCGCGUGCAGCGCGUGGUGUGCGAGGCCACGGUGUACCGCUACGAGUCGGGCGAGGGCGAGUACGAGGCCCGCGUCACGCUGGUGUGGAACCGCGACCACGUGGUGGACGCGCGCCCGCUCACGCUCUACAAGUGCGGCGUGCUGGGCGCCCACCGCGGCCACCACGACUGCUCGCUCUGCGUCACGCGCCACCCGCGCUACCGCUGCACCUGGUGCGGCUCCUCCUGCAGGUACGCCCCGCACUGCCCCUCCCUGCCGGGCGUGGCCGCGGCCGCCACGUCGGCGGUGGCGCCCUUGCCCACGGGCACGCAUCACCAGGACGCCGCGGCGACGGCGAGCGACGGCCGCCUGGCACAGUGCCCCACCGCCAGGAUCGAUGUGAUCCAGCCGCUGAUGGGCCCCCUGGAGGGCGGCACGCUCGUCACCAUCGAGGGCAGCAACCUGGGCCUGCGCGAGGAGGACGUGCGGGACAACGUGUUCAUCGGCGACGUGCCCUGCCGCGUGCACGAGUACCACGUGUCCGUCAAGAUCUCGUGUGUGACGGGGCCGGCGCCGACCCAGGGGGGGAGCGGCGGCUCCUCGCAGGACAUGCAGUUCCCCGUCAGCGUCACGACGCCGGCGGGCACCACCAAGUCCACCGUCAAGUUCACCUACACCAACGUGAGCGUGACGGGCGUGUGGCCGACCAAGGGCCCCGUGUCGGGCGGCACCGUGCUCUCCGUCAACGGCAAGUUCCUCAACGUGGGCUCGAACGUCUCGGCCACGCUGGACGACCUGCCGUGCGUCGUCAACAAGACGCAGUCGUCGUCGCAACGCCUGGUGUGCGUGACGUCGCGCAUGUCGCUGUCGUCGAGCGAGGGCGGCAAGGAGGGCGCGGGGCUGCCCCGGACGGCGCGGCGCCUCAUCGUGCAGGUGGACAACGCCGUCCGCGUGCUGGCCGAGCCCUUCACGUACACGCCGGACCCGCGUGUGUUCGAGCUUAAGCCCCUGCGCAGCCCCUGGAGCGGCGGCCGCCUCAUGACGGUACACGGCCGCAACCUGGACGCCAUCCAGGCGCCGCGAAUCACCGUCCUCCUGCACGACCGCAUCCUCAACUCGUCGGCGUGCCGUGUCGUCAGCCCCAGCCAGAUGGAGUGCCCGUCGCCGCACGUGAACCGCCAGGUCCUCAUGGCGCUCAUGCGCGAGCGGAGGGACACCGACGGCCCGGACGACGCCAAGGCCGAGAGGAGGGUGUCGCACAAGGUCUCCAGGUCCCCCCGCCAGAACUACGCCGACUCCGUCCUCCUCGACGUCGGGUUCAUCAUGGACAACGUGGCGUCCGUGAAGAACUUGAAGCACGUCCUGCCCUCCUCCGCCCGCGCCUCCCUCAUGUACGUCCUCGACCCGACCUACAAGAAGUUCCCGAACGGCAUCAAGCUCUACAAGGGCGACACGCUAGUGAUCGAGGGCGUGAACCUCAACCUGGCGAGCGACGAGUCGGACGUGAACGUGACCAUCGGGACGCGGCAAUGCAACGUGACCUCGCUAGCGUUGACCCAGCUCGUGUGCACGCCUCCGGAAGGUCAGCCUCCCCCGACGGACGAGCUAGGUCACGCCACGGACACCGGCUUGCCCUUGGUGGUGGUCAGGAUGGGUCAGAAUCUGCGGUUCUCCAUCGGACACUUGCGCUACGAGAUGAUAAAGGAGUACCAGUUCCCUCCCGAAGCGAUCGGCGGCAUGGCCUUCGGCGGGCUCUUCCUGGUGCUGGUGUCCAUGGUGAUCCUGGUGGUGUACCGGCGCAAGAGCAACCAGGCCGAGCGAGAGUACAAGCGCAUUCAGAUCCAGAUGGACACCCUGGAGUCCAACGUCAGGUCGGAGUGCAAGCAAGCCUUCGCCGAGCUGCAGACCGACAUGACCGACCUGACCGCCGACCUGGAGUCCUCCGGCAUCCCGACCUUGGACCACCGCGCCUACGUCAUGAAGGUCUUCUUCCCCGGCGUCGUCGACCACCCCAUCCUCGCCGACCCCAAGCUCCGGAUGAACGGUUGCAGCCCGGCGAUGGACAGUGCCAUGAUCCAGUUCGAACAGCUCAUUACCAACCGAUACUUCUUUCUGGCAUUCAUUGAGACUCUCGAGGCGCAGAAAACCUUCAACAUCAGAGAUAAAGUGAACGUGGCGUCCCUCCUGGUGGUGGCGCUGACGGGGAGGAUGGAGUACAUGACGGAGGUGCUGCGUCUGCUCCUCCUGCGGCUGAUCGACAAGAGCGUGGCCACCAAACACCCUCAGCUGAUGCUCCGGCGGACAGAGAGCGUGGUCGAGAAAAUGCUCACGAACUGGAUGACGCUUUGCAUGUACACUUACCUCAAGGAGCAAGCAGGCCCCUCGCUGUUCCUGCUGUACAAGGCCAUCAAGCACCAGGUGGAGAAGGGCCCCGUCGACGCCCUCACGCACGAAGCCCGCUACUCGCUCUCGGAGGAACGCCUUCUCAGAGAGCAGAUCACCCACGCCUAUGUGAUGAUCCACCUCGUCAGGGAUGAGCCUCAGUACGAGAAGAUUCCGUAUUCCUCGCCGCAAAGCGUGGCCGUCGUGGGCGAGGACGGCGAGAAGGCACAGUGCCGGGUCCUGGACUGCGACACCAUCACGCAGGUCAAGUCGAAGAUCCUGGACGCCCUCUACCGGAACACCCCGCAGUCCCUCCGACCCUCCGUCCACGAGGUCGACCUUGAGUGGCGCCACGGCCGCAACGGCCACCUGAUCCUCGCCGACGAGGACAUGACGACGAAGGCCGACCCCAGCGGAUGGCGGCGCCUCAACACCCUGGCCCACUACGGCGUCAAGGACUCCGCCCUCAUGGCCCUCGUGCCACGCCCACACGACCACCACGCCCUCAACAACGCCAACUGCAGCACCAAGUGUAAUAAUUGCGCUGGCUACGGCAUGCCGGGGUCGGGCAGCCCCGUCAGCCACUGCGGGGACGUGGAGUCGGGCAGCGUGGAGGCCAACGCGUACCACCUGGUCAAGCCGGUGGACCACGACUCGCCGUGCAGGGGCGGCGAGAGGACCCACAAGGCCAUCCCGGAGAUCUUCCUCACCAGACUCCUCUCCACGAAGGGCACCGUCCAGAAGUUCGUCGACGACUUCUUCAAAACCAUCCUCACGCCCAACGAGACGCUCCCGCCGGCCGUCAAGUGGCUGUUCGACUUCUUCGACGACGCCGCCCGCCGCCACGGCAUCGUCGACCCGGAGGUGUCGCUGGCGUGGAAGUCCAACAGCCUGCCCCUCCGCUUCUGGGUCAACUUUAUCAAGAACCCGGACUUCAUCCUCGACGUGCACAAGAGCCCGACGGUCGACUCGUGCCUGUCGGUCAUCGCGCAGACCUUCAUGGACGCCUGCUCGACCACGGAGCACCGCCUGGGCAAGGACUCGCCCUCCAACAAGCUGCUCUUCGCCAAGGACAUGCCUCAGUACAGGGCGACGGUGCGGGCCUUCUACCGGGGCGUGCAGGACAUGCCUCCCGUCACGGACCAGGACAUGGCCGCCUACCUGCACCACCUGAGCCUCACGCACCUGGGCCAGCUGGACGCGCGCCCCGCCCUCCAGGAGCUGUUCCAUUCCUACGUCACGAGAUAUUAUGCGCAGGUUAUUGAGACUCUCGAGGUGGAUCCCGAGUGUAGAAGUCUACACUUAGCGCACAAACUGGACAAUAUUAUGUGCACGAUAAACGGAGAGCCCACGUCCAUGUGCUGAGACCCCCCGCCGCCACACCCCCCUGAGAGUGCUGAUUGCGCGCUGGCCGGGAGGGUCUCACGCGCAUGCGCCAGUCCCCGGUGGUUGCCUUCUAUAAGACUUUAAACUCUCAUUGCUGUUACUUACAUGCCUAGUUCCUAGCCAAAGAGUAGGUGUAUGAUGAAUAGAAAAAAGCGACUAUUGUGUUGGAUUCGUUGUUAUGUAUAAAAAAUAAAGAGAAAAUAAAAAAACUUUUCAUAACACUGCAUGGUUCCUUCCAGUUGUUAUGAUUUUUAUUCAACGACGAGCAUUCGUUAUUUUAGAGUUGUGUCUGUGUCUCUCAUCUGCUGUACUUAAUCAAAUGUCUGUGAUUUUAAAGCGUAGAGCAUUCCGGUUGAUCCGAGGUCGCCGUUGUGGCUUGCGUCGGGGGCCAGCGCGCGAGAGGCGAGUGGCCGGCGCGCCGAGAAUCACAGGCGUCACUCCGGAAGCCCCGAGCGAAGGGAUCCAUCCGCGCGGGAGAACAGCCGAAGUCUAAAUAAGGAUAAGGAAGUGCGCGAACGAGAGAAACGACGUGGACUUCGACGGUGUGGUGUGUGAGUUUUUGUGAAAGAAGAAGAUGGGAAAAAUGGCGUUACUUCUUAAGUGUUAAAAGUCGAGUGAAACUCCUCAAGAAAUAUCACUUUUUUUUCUUUUCUUUUUUUUGUAAGUCCAAGUGGCCUGGCGAGUGCUGCCCCGUGUGCCGUUCCAUCGAGCGCCCUCCGCCCUGUUUUCUACCGGCUGUUCCACAGAGCCUCCGCGAGGCAACGGGCGCUCGGGGGCCGCCGGCCUCGCGCCCUCGUUGUGUUCUCGAGUCGAUGAUUUGUACGCUUUCAGCCCCGCGGCUCGCGAAGUCCGUGACGUCACAGCGGCUUCGUGCGCCCGAGGGCUGACGUCACGCAAGCUAAUGAACACCAGCCCUGGCGCGCUCUGAGAGGGCGGCGCCAGGGAGCCACUGUAGAGUGGUCACGUGCCAUGGACAAACGCAGAUAUUUAUCUACAAGGAGGAAGAAGUUGGGAGAAAGAGCAACACUGUAGGGAGGAAGAUACGAGUGCGGCGGCAGUUUGGUGUCAAGGUUGGCUCCGGCGCCGAAGGGCCGUCGGCGAGCCUCGCCCGCGGGAGGUCGAGGCAUUCCACGAGGAGGAGCAGGAGGGCCAGGUGCCCUUCGAGGCCGAGGUUGACGUAGAUCCUCGAGGACAACUGUUAUAUAUGUCAGUGUUGUAUGUAUAUGUGACUUUAAAACACACUGAGAAGUGAAUCAAACAAGUGUUAGAGACGUUAGAAAAAAAAUCAUCUGUACUCAAGUCUUUAAAAAAAAACGUAAAUAAAAUAAAUAAACGAGUGUCAUCGUCCCCCGUGGUGGCCGAGCUGCCGUCAAACUGUUGCUGUUGCUGCUGCUGCUGCUGUUGCUGCUGCUGCAACGAGGUGCAUACUUUCCGUAACCAAACGAUGCUACAGACUCUUCGUCCCAUCCCUCCCACGCUCCUUCGAAGCUAGUCAUCUUUGUCCAUGUCCCAGCUUUGUAUUACACCAGCUUCACGGAUAGAGGGAGAGAGGAAGGAGACGUCAGGAAGGGAGGAGAGGAGGAGAGAGGAUGAAUAUUAAUAAUAAGGAGGAUAGGGAUAAAAGUAGAGGAAACCGAAACUGAAUUUUAUGAGAAAAUAUCAUUUUUUUUAUUGAAUUGGUUAUCUAUCUAUCUCUUUUUUUUCUUUUGGCUCUCCUCUCCUCUCCUCUUCCUCCUCCUCCUCCAGGCGAUUAUAAACUAAACAAACAGACGUGACUUUCUCUCGUCACUCCCUGAAGCUGUGGGUGUAAUGUCCGCGACACGUUCCGACACUUUUUCACACGUUAGCUGACAAUUUUUUUUUCUACAUUUUUUUGAAAGUUAUUUUUUUGACCGUAGCCAGAGACAUGAUCCAAAAAAAUAAAAACAAAAAAAACAGCUGCAAUGACCGACACUCAGGUGCAUGUCAGGUCGUAAUGAAACCCUCAGUAGUGAUGUCAUUCCUUAUGGGAGAAAACCCCCCCCCGGAAAAUGAUGGUAUGUCAUUUGAUUCCGUCUUGCCUUGUUAAUAUAAAUUUUUCUACCGAACCUUGAAUUGCUGUGUGCGUAUCUGUGCUUACACACACAUGCAUAUACACAUAUUUAAGCAUAUAUGUAUAUGACUUUACAUGAUAAUAUUAAUUUAUUCUCCUCAUCCGAUGCAAAACUGGUACGUGAUUCGUCCUGACCUGAUCCUGGAGUGGAAGUCAGCAACUGGUCAGUUUAAUUUUGUAAUAUCGACGUGGGUUACUUUGAACAUUUCGAGCCAGAGUCCGUUUACUUAAUGUCCACUUUGACGACGCAAGAUUUAUCUCGAUUAGGAUUGGAAAAAAAAAUGUUUUAUAAUUAUUAUUAUUAUUAUUAUCCUUUUUUAAAAAUUAUUUGCUCUUUGUUUGUUUGUAAUUUUGGGCCUUCUAAUUCCCUUCCCCCCACACACACUAAUAACCCCCCAAAAAAUAAUGAUAAUAAUAAAAAGAAAUCCAUUUUCUCCCUCCAUCUCCCACUUUCAAAAAAAAUAUGAAAAAAAUAUAUAUGAAAAAAUAGAACUAGUGUGAUAAUUUUUUUAAAGCCCCUUUUCGUUAUGGAUAAUUUGCAUAAUACAAGGUUCCCUUCUGAUGAGUUCUCUGUAACCCGAAUAUAUAUAUAAAAAAAUAAAUGAGUUUAUUGUAUAAGUUUGUUAUAUAAAAAAACUGAUGUAAUGUAUCCUGAUUAUAAAGAAAGAAAAAAAAACGGAAAAUUUCCACUUUUUGUAAUUACUUUUUACAAAAAUCUGCCCUGUGGUCGUCAGUCGAUAAUACUAUUCGGAUAAUCAAAUGCCAUUGUAUACUGUGGUGUAUUUUUAUAUAAAUAGUGCAGGUUUGUACAUACUGCUACAUUUUAAGCUAAUAUUAUGCAAAAUAAAUAUGUAAAAAAUAAAAGAA